CUAUAAUUCUUUGGAUUUGGUGGAAUUUAGAGCAAAGAAAAGGCAACAAGCAAAAUCUUUAUCUAAGCCAAAUUUAAGUCAAGACAAUUUCAAUAAUGAUGUUGAAUGUGAAAGCAAAUAA